AUGGCUCCUCAAGCUAAAAUUAGCACCAAAAAACCAGUGCCAAAGAAGACUGGCGCUCCAAAAAAGAACCAGCUUCGUGGUAAAGCACAGAAGAAAAAAGUUUCUCUGUCUUUCACCAUUGACUGCACCCACCCAGUCGAAGACAACAUUAUGGAUGUUGCAAGUUUCGACAAGUACAUGAAGGAGCGCAUCAAGAUCAAUGGCAAAACUGGAAACUUGGGAAAUCUUGUUAAUAUUGAACGUAACAAGAACAAGCUCAUCAUCAACAGUGACACCGAGUUGUCUAAAAGGUAUCUCAAGUACUUGACCAAGAAAUUCUUGAAGAAGCACAAGCUCCGUGACUGGCUUCGUGUUGUAUCCAAGGAUAAGAAUACCUACGAACUUAGAUACUUCCAGAUUACUAGCCAGGAAGAUGAUGAUGAAGAAGAUGCCGAUUAA